AUGACAAACGGCCCAGUACGUGAACGGCACUAUAAGCAUCAUAUAGUUGAUAGAGAGUCUCACCAACACCAAAUGGCUCCUUCCAUCUUUCUCCCAGAUCGAGACCAGCUUGGUUCUGCACUUGCCAUUUCCAUCUUAGCACUCUUACUUCCCCUGUUUCUUAGUUAUGUCCUGCUGAGAAAAAGGUGGAAGCACGAGAUCUCAGCUCGCCAACUUCCCCCAGGGCCAUGGAGGCUCCCAAUUGUCGGCAACCUGCACCAAUUGGGUGCAGUGCCUCAUCGCUCCUUCUUCCUCCUAUCCCAGAAACAUGGCCCCCUCAUGUUCCUGAAGCUCGGCCAGCUCCCGACGUGCGUCGUUUCGUCGGCGAAGCUGGCGAGAGAGAUCAUGAAAACCCAUGAUGCCACAUUCGCGAAUAGGCCAGAGUUUGCGGCUGCCAACGUUCUCUGCUACGGAUGCCAGGACGUCGGCUUUCAAGCGUAUACCGAGGCAUGGCGCCGUAUGAGGAAGAUAUUCGUCGGGCACUUCACUGGCCCGAAGAGAGCCCAGUCGUUUAAGUCUGUGAGGGAGGAGGAAGUUGAACUCAUGGUCGACGCCAUCUCCCGGUCCGCUGGGGCGCCUGUUAAUCUGAGCCACUUGGUUCAUGCUCUCAUUAAUAACAUAACCUGUAUGAUGGGCUUUGGUAAGAAAUAUAACGUGGGAGGAUAUGGCGCCCAGAAGGGCAGGUUGCAUGAUAUCCUAGAGACAACCAGGCAUUUGAUUGGUGGGUUUAGCUUAGGUGAUUUCUUCCCAUCCAUCAAGUGGGUGAAUUGGCUCACCGGACUGGAGUUCAGGCUGCGAAAGAACUUCCAUGAAUUGGAUCAUAUUUUUGAUGAAGUGCUCAGAAAUCAUGUUGAUCCAUCGAGGCGAUCCCAUGAACAGGACUUCGUCGAUUCAUUGCUCGAAGCUCAAAAGGAUGAGAGCGAGGACGUCCCUGUUACCACAAACAGCAUCAAGGCAUUACUCCUGGACGUGCUCCUUGGUGGAACCGAUACGUCAACGUCUGCCAUAGUGUGGGCAAUGACAGAACUGAUGAGGAACCCUCAGGUGAUGAAGCGAGUCCAGGAUGAAUUGCGACUUAAAAUGAAAGGGAAAGACAAGGUGGACGAGAACGAUCUUGAGCAACUUGAGUAUCUGAAGUUGGUAGUGAAGGAGACUUUCAGGGUACAUCCACCAGCGCCGCUAUUGAUUCCUCGAGUCUCUUCGAAGGAAUGGGUCGUCGAUGGCUACGUAAUUCCAGCCAAAACAACCAUUAUUAUAAAUGCAUGGACAAUAGGGAGGGACCCCAAUUCAUGGAAGAACCCGGAAGAGUUUCAGCCUGAAAGGUUCAUUAACAACCCAAUCGACUACAAGGGUCAUGAUUUUGAGUAUAUUCCUUUCGGCUCGGGUAGAAGGAUUUGCCCCGGCAUCCAUCUAGGAGUCAUAGUUGUCGAGUUCGUGCUGGCUAAUCUGCUUUAUUCCUUCAACUGGAACUUACCAGGCGGGCUGACUGCUAAUGACAUCGACAUGAGCGAAUCUCCUGGUUUAACUGUGCACAAGACGUCUGACUUGGUUCUCGUAGCCCAUCCUUACAUACCAUGAAUCAAGCUGUGUUGCUACGGGGCCCUAGCCUCCCAUUGGUCACUUGAACCAUUGUACCAACUGUGUGAAUAAGGCAGCUUUCUUUCGAGAUUGGCCAGCAGUGUGUGAGAACCCUCCCAAUAAGAAAAAUUACUUUGUUCAAAGUUAUGCUAUGAAAUAGUUUUCAAAAGAGAACUUGCAAGAAUCUGUCUUUUGGUUGGGGGCUAGUAGAUGGUAGUCUCCAUAACAAAUGUUUAGACUGUCAACCUAUUCUGCUGCAAAAGAGACCGUCAUUAUUCGUAAAUUGAA